GACCUCACGACCCCUGCCGGCUGCCGGGCCCUCCGGUCGCCCUUCCCGCUGCCGCCGCCCGGGCGCCUCCUCCGGCGGCGCGGGAGCCAAUGCGCGGGGCGCGGGCGGGCCAGGCGGCAGUCGGCGGCGCGGAGCGUGGGUGGCAGCACGGCAGAGAGCCGCGCCAUGCAGCAGCACAGUGUCCUGCUUCACCUGCUCGCCGGAGGAUGUGGUGGCACAGCUGGAGCCAUCUUGACCUGUCCCCUGGAAGUGGUGAAGACACGUCUGCAGUCCUCCCAGCUGACACUGCGGCCUCUGUGCCUCUCGGAGUUACAGCUGCCAGGGAUGAGUGUGAGGCUGGUGAACAGCGCCCCAGCGUCUCCUGGAAUGCUCAAGUUACUGAGGGCCAUCCUGGAGAAGGAAGGUGUGCGCUCCCUGUUCCGAGGGCUGGGCCCAAACCUUGUUGGGGUUGCUCCUUCCCGGGCUAUAUACUUUGCUGCCUAUUCUGGUGUUAAGGAGAGGCUGAAUGCUGUCCUUGCACCAGAGUCCAAGAAGGUACACAUGCUGUCAGCAGCCUGUGCAGGCAUUACUUCUGCCACGCUUACCAACCCCAUCUGGUUAGUGAAGACCAGGAUGCAGCUGGAAGGCAGGGUGAAGGGGGAGGUGGCCAGCAGUGCUCUGCAGUGUGCCAUGCGCGUGUACCGCACCGAAGGGCUGCGCGGCUUCUACCGCGGCGUCACCGCCUCCUACGCUGGGGUGUCAGAGACCAUCAUACACUUUGUCAUCUAUGAAGCACUGAAACAGCAGCUGAGGGGCAGCCACCAUUCCCUUUCUGCCCCUCUCACCCUUGCACCAAACAGCCAGGAUUUCUUUGGGCUAAUGGGAGCUGCCGCCGUCUCCAAAACAUGUGCCUCGUGCAUUGCGUAUCCACACGAGGUGAUUCGGACGCGGCUGCGAGAAGAGGGCUCCCGGUACCGCUCCUUUGUGCAGACCCUGCGGCUUGUGGCCCACGAGGAGGGGCCCUUGGCCCUGUACCGAGGGCUCCUGGCGCACCUGAUCCGACAGAUCCCAAACACAGCUAUCAUGAUGGCUACCUACGAACUCAUCAUCCAGCUGGCCUCUUCCCCCUUGUAAGCCUGCUGUAGCACCUGGCUGGGGCUGCUGUAGAGGUGCAGGGACCUCAUGCUGCUGGGACGUGGUGGUGGCCACGCUCCGAGGUGGCGAUUUUCAGGGUGCAGUGGUACUGGGUCAGGUAGAGAAUUCUCAGGACAGGAGACUACUUCGUGCCAAGCUUUUGGCCCCACUGGGCACAAUGUAGCCUUUCUUCUUUCUGGAGACUCCAAAUGACUGUGGUGCUUCAAGAUGUCAGGGCACUAGUCUGACAGUACCUGCUGUAAGUCCCUGUGUGAAAUAAGGACUUGCCGGGAAGGGGACAGAGGCUCAAGCGUAAGAGUAUCUCACCCAGCCUUAGCGUGUUCACUUCUGUCAGACCCAGAAACAACCAUGUGUGGGCACAGCUGGACAUGAGGACAGGCCUGAGCUGAGACACCUCAGAGAGCUGCAGCAAGCAGAGAUCUUGUGCUGAGACCUUUUGUGCCUUCAGAGGGGCUCUUCCACUCUCACCCACUGUGCUGCCUUCCUGCCCCCGAGAAGGAUUCCUCAAUCUUGGCUGCCAGCACGUGUCCUGUUGCAGAAUCUUCUGCUGAGUCCUUAACAUGUUGCAGCCAGUGCCCAAUGUCAGGCAGCUGGUGGCCUCUUUUCAUCUUGCAGGAUCUGAAUAAUCAGGGCAAGUCCAUCAGGUGAGGAAGCAUAACCUGCUAUGAAACACUGCCAUUACAACCCAGGCUGCUGGGCUCACAGCCGUGCAUCGCCUCUGCCUCAUCUGUUUCCAUCCCCUCCUUCCCUCAGAAGUGCUGGGUCUGUUCUGCUACAAGCUGAAGCCCCUGGUGCGAAAAAUACUUUUAUGCUGGUAAAGAAAGUGGGUCAGGUGAAAGGGUGGAUGAAACUGAGCAUUUGUCCCAUUUCUGUUGAUACACCAAGUGUAUGAAAAGGCCUUGUUUGUUCUGUCAUCAAGAAUUCAGGUUGCUGCACGUGACAGGCUGAGCUACCUUCCCUUCCUCUCUGGGGUCCUGGGGCACCAUGUCCUGGGCGCUGCUCAGUGAUGUCCAAUGACAGGACAAGGGGCAGUGGGUGCAAGCUGGAGCAGAGGAGGCUCCAUGGGAACAUAAGGAGAAACUUUUUCCCUCUGAGGAUGCCAGAGCCCUGGAGCAGGCUGCCCAGAGAGGUGCUGGAGUCGUCUCCUCUGGAGAUAGUCCAAACCUGCCUGGAUGUGUUCCUGCAUGACCUGCUCUAGGUGAUGGUGCUCUGGUAGGGGGGUUGGACUGGAUGAAUUUUCUGAGGUCCUUUCCAACCCUUACCAUUCUGUGGUCCAGGAGAAGGCUACAUUCUGUUUACAAGGAGGAUUUUGCUUGGAAAAGGCAGGUGGGUAGGGUCAGGGCUGACGGAUUUUUCGUGUUCCACCACAAAACUAUAACCUUCUGCCGACUACAUCUAUGCUCUGGGCCAUCUCCAGCCUCCCAUGAGAGGCUGUUUCUUUCCCUACUUGUAGUGGAAAAAGUGGAGGACCCCUGCAGGUUUAAUUUGAAAUCCAUUUAUUUUAAAAUCAGCUUUGUCUCCUGCUGCUUCCCCUCCUCCCUCGGCCCGGCUGGCAGGCGUGACAGUGUUACAAAGCGACACAAGCUUGCAGUGGUUUGGGGGUUUGGUUUGGUUGCUUUGUGGGG